AUGCUUAAGACAUCAUUGAGGAGCUCCAUGCAAGGUAUCAAAGGAGCAAGAUGGAAUAGCAUUUCCAGCAAGCCUACCGUUGCAGUGCUAUUCCAAGCAAUUGAGCCUCCAGUAAUCAACGGAGUGCGCAAGCCGCGCAAGCCAGGUGGUUAUCAGGACUCAGGCGCAGAUAUCGCAUAUACAUUGCGCGCCAAGGGAAUCGAGGUUAUCACACGACAGGCCUCCCCUUCUAUUGCCCAACAUGAGGGCUGGUGCUUCCCAGAUUCAGAAGAAGGAAUACAUUCCGCUAUAAUUCAAGGUGCUACACAUAUAUGGGCGAACACUAUUGUAUUUGCCUCGCAUCCUCUGCAAACAGCAUCAUGUCUGGAUUCCUAUGCCCCAACACUGCGAGUGGUAGGCCAACCACCAGGUUUGGUUGAAAAGUUCGAUGACAAGAUGUAUCUCAACAAUCAGCUGCGUGCUUUAGGAGGCUUUACCCUGCCACAAGCAUGGGAAGUAAAGGUAGGAGAUGAUGUGGAUGCCCUGGUCCAGUCGAUUCUCGCCUAUCCCAUUGUCGGGAAACCCGUUCGUGGACGCGGGAGCCACGGUGUCAAAGUGUGUCCCAGUGCGACUGAAUUGAAAUCUCAUAUCGAGUCUCUCUUCAAUGAAUCUCCCGUCGUGUUGCUUGAAGAGUUCCUAGCUGGCGAAGAGGCCACUAUCACGGUGAUGCCUCCGUCUCCCAACCGAGCGGAAUAUUGGAGCAUGCCACCCGUGACUAGGUUCAAUCACGACCAGGGCAUUGCGCCAUACAAUGGAAAAGUCGCUGUGACUACCAAUUCGCGUGUUGUGACCAAGGAUGAAAUGUGCGAUUCGACGUAUGGCCAGGCAAUGCGUCAAUGCGAAGGAGUAGCCAGUCUGAUCAAGGCUACGGCACCUAUCCGCAUUGACGUCCGGCGCUUCCAGCCUCAGUCAGGAUUUGCUAUUUUUGACAUCAACAUGAAGCCCAAUAUGACUGGUCCUGGUCGACCAGGCCGUGAAGAUCAGGCUAGCUUGAGUGCUAUAGCAGCUUCUGGAUGUGGAUGGGACUAUCCGACUUUACUGCAAAAUAUCUUGCACGGUGCCUCGACUCUCGAGACUUUCCGCCAAUACUGCAGCCCUUUGUGA